AUGCCUACCAUUGCUGUGGAUAAAGCUGACCUCUACGAACUAUUGGGUAAGGAAUAUUCUACCCAAGAGUUUGAUGAGUUAUGUUUUGACUUUGGUAUUGAAUUGGAUGAAGACACCACUGAAGAAUGCGUGGGUGACGAGAGACCCCAAUUAAAAAUUGAAAUCCCAGCCAACAGAUACGACAUGUUGUGUAUCGAGGGUAUCGCCCAGGCCUUGAAUGAGUUUUUGGGCAGAAGGGAAGCUCCUACGUACAAGUUGAACCCACCAACACCCCAGAUCAAGUUGACCAUUGACAAGUCCACUGAACAAAUCAGACCAUACGCUGCCGCUGCUGUGUUGAGAGGCGUUGAAUUUGAUGAAAGACGUUAUGCUUCAUUUAUUGCAUUGCAAGACAAGUUGCAUACAAACUUGUGCCGUAACAGAACUUUGGUGGCUAUUGGAACCCAUGAUUUGGAUACCUUGACCCCUCCAUUUACCUAUGAAGCUUUGGCUCCAAAAGAAAUCAAAUUUGUUCCUUUGAACCAGGAGAAGAAUAUGGAUGGCGCCGAGUUAAUGGAGUUUUACGAUAAGGACAAAAAUUUGGGUAAGUAUUUACACAUCAUUAGGGAUUCCCCAGUUUAUCCAGUCAUUUUUGACUCCAAGAGGACCGUGUGCUCUUUGCCACCAAUUAUCAACUCUAACCACUCCAAGAUUACGUUGAGUACCAAAAACGUAUUCAUUGAAGUAACGGGUACCGAUAAGACAAAGACUGAUCUUGUUAUUGAACAAAUCGUUGCCAUGUUCUCCGUUUACUGCAAGACUCCAUUUGAGAUUGAGCCAGUUGAAGUUGUCUCUAAACACAAUGAUCAAAAUAGAGUUACCCCUAAUGUCACGCCAAGAAAGACCGAAGCCGAAAUCGCCUAUAUCAACUCCUGUUUGGGUUUGGAUUACUCGGGGGAGCAAAUUGCUGGUUUGUUGAAAAAGAUGUCUUUGCAGGCCAAGCCAAAGGAUGAGAAAAUCAUUGAAGUUGAAGUGCCAAUCACCAGGAUCAGACAUUUUGCACCAAUGUGA